AAACUGUGGAGUUAAAUUUUUAAGUUGUGAGAAGUUUUCUGAGUUCGUUCAUGUUUUACGGCGGCUUAUUUUACGAUACUUUUGGCGGAACAUGAAGGCAGAUUUCGGCCAUCUUGCUUUUAGUUUGCGCCUGCGCAGUCCUGUGUGUCUGACCUUCAUUGGAGCAGCUAUGUUCGCCAGGACUAGCGCGUUGGUGUUCUCCCCACAAUGUGGGCAGGUCAGGAACAUGGCUACCUUGAAGGACAUCACCCUUCGACUGAAGUCCAUCAAGAACAUCCAGAAAAUCACCAAAUCUAUGAAAAUGGUGGCCGCCUCCAAAUAUGCUCGUGCUGAGAAGCAGCUAAAGCCAGCCCGCGUCUAUGGCGCCGGUGCCCUGGCCCUGUAUGAGAAGGCUGACAUCAAAGCGCCAGAGGACAAGACUGCCAAGCAUGUGAUCAUUGGUGUGACCUCUGACCGUGGACUGUGUGGUGCCAUCCACUCAAAUGUGGCCAAGGCCAUCAAGAGUGAGAUCGCCAACCUGACCAGUGCUGGGAAGGAGGUGAUGGUGAUCAAUGUGGGAGACAAGCUGAGAGGCCUGCUGUACCGAACUCAUGGAGAGCACAUCAUGCUGAACUGUAAGGAAGUCGGUCGUAAGCCCCCCAGCUUCGGCGAUGCCUCCCUCAUCGCCACUGAGCUGCUCAACUCGGGAUAUGAGUUUGACCAGGGCUCCGUCAUCUUCAACAGAUUCAGGUCUGUUAUCUCGUACAGGACAGAGCACAAGCCUGUAUUUUCCGCAGACACAGUUGCAAACUCAGAGAACAUGACAGUCUAUGAUGACAUUGAUGCUGAUGUGCUGAGGAACUACCAGGAGUUUGCCCUGGUCAACAUCGUCUACCUAGCUUUGAGGGAGUCGUCCACCAGCGAGCAGAGCGCCAGGAUGACUUCCAUGGACAACGCCAGCAAGAACGCCUCUGAGAUAAUUGACAAGUUGACCCUCACCUUCAACCGGACCAGACAGGCUGUCAUCACCAAGGAGCUCAUUGAGAUCAUCUCUGGAGCAGCUGCACUUUAAGUCUUCACAACAUGUCUGUAUAAUCGGCUGAGAUCAUUGUUUCCAUUGCCCGUAGCUCUUCAAAGUGCUUCAGAGACGCGUUGACCAGUCGAAUGAACGUUUGUGCUUCUGUUUGUAAAGUAUAUGAAUAAAAUAAAGCUCUUACAGAGAACCAUCAAUCUUU